AAGGAAGAGAUGAUUAUUAAUUGUCCAGAAAAAACAAACCUCAUUUUAGUAUUGUCCGUGGAAGAGCGUACUUUGGUGAAUAUUGCAAGUACAGAGCGGUACUGUACCUACUUAAAGUGAAAAUCAACACAUUCAUUAAUUAUUAAAACAAACAUCGAACUUUGGUUUAACCUUAAAAGGCAAUAUGAAGAAAACAACGUUCAAAACGUUCGUAAUUCUUGCGGUGAUCGUCCUUGUAAGUGCUUAUCCAACAAGCCAAAGAAUAAGACACUAUCAUCGACAUGGUAGGAAAGAACCAACCAACGAAGACUGGAGAUUGUCUUGGAAAUGGGGGUCUAGAAUUAUUAGACAUUCUAGUGAACGAUCUCAAAAUCAAGGUAACGAUGACAGAAGACAUAACAUACAUGUAAACACUGAUAAUUGGAAUAAACAAGCAGACCACAUUUCGUCAAAUCAAACAACGGGCAAUAGACCUGCUUCGCCGGGAGCUGGACGGUUCAGGGGAACGAAUCUGGAUGGCCUGAAAUAUCUUCAACAGUUUGGGUACAUGCAACCUACCUCGUCACCAGCAAGAGAUAUCGAGUCUCUCCAUGGAAGACGAGGAGGGCAACAAACCUCAUCGCCGGCACGAGCUCUUGACGAGUCUUUGGAUGGAAGACGAGGAAGACUUCGUACACCUGAAAAUAGUAUGUCUGAGGCAAUCAAAAAGUUCCAAAGGGUCGCUCAUAUUAAACAAACAGGUAUCUUAGACGAGGCGACAUUGACCAUGAUGGCAAAACCAAGAUGCGGAGUACCCGAUAAUAAAAUCGCAGAAAGCAACACAAGAACAAAAAGAUAUACGACAUACUCCAGCAAAUGGGAGAAAACUCGUCUAACGUACAACAUAUCUGGCUUUACAAGGGAUCUUGACCAGGCCACAGUGGAGAAAGAUAUUACGGAUGCAUUAAAUUUCUGGACGAGUGUCACACCCAUCACUAUCACAAAGGCAGACCAGGAGAAGCCAGACAUCGACAUAUUAUUUGCCCACACAAACCAUGGUGAUGGUAAGCCGUUUGAUGACCAAGGAGGAGUGCUGGCUCAUGCUUUCGAACCAUCAGGUGCUGUAGAGUUUGACAUUGCUGGUGAUAUUCAUUUCGAUGAGGGAGAAGAUUGGACUCAUGGAGAAUACAGAGGAGCAAAUCUCAUGUAUUCAGCUGUUCAUCAAUUUGGCCAUGCAUUGGGUCUCGAUCACUCAGAUCAGUUCAUGUCGGUGAUGUUCCCAUUUGGACGAAAGUACAAUCCUAAUUUGAAGCUUUACCAAGAUGACAUUGAUGGAAUCCAGUCAUUAUAUGGUGCUAACCCUGAACCACCAAAGCCCAGCACCACCCCUACUCCUACUCCGGAGCUUAGUACAACCGAACCAUCAACUGCGUCGCCAGAGACGUGUGUCAACACUGUGGAUGCAAUAACAGUCACUGUACUUGGUGAAACCGUAGCAUUCCGAGAUUCACAGGUUUAUCUUUUGUCUGUAAGUGAUUAUGGCGUCCAAGAAGGAUACCCCAAAUCUCUUUCUGCCAUGUUCCCCGAUGGCCCAGAGGCAGUGGAUGCGGCUCUUACGUUCCCUCACUACCUAUCAAGAAGGGGACAGAAAUACACGUGGUUGUUUAAGGGUGACAAGACCUGGAAGUACAAAAAUGAUGGAGGGGCGCUGGUGUUGGUGACUGGCUAUCCGAAGUACAUCUCUGAAGACUGGGGAAUACUGGGUAAAAUGGACAGUAGGUCAUCGGAAGGGAUAUAUUCUGCCUAUGUGUGUACCCGUGGCAACGUUCAUUUAACAAAAGGGAACAAAUAUUGGAAAUAUGGCAGGAGGGGGAAGGUGCUCAGAGGUUACCCAAGGUCAACCAACAGAAUCAAGUUUCUUAGACGAGCUGGAAUCACUGAGGUUGAUGCCGCCUUCCGAUGGAUCAACAAUACAAUAUAUUUCUUCAAGGACGGGCAGUACUAUGGGCACCAACGACGAAGGAAUAUGAUCGGACCCAAGGACACGGGGAAAUAUUGGUUUGGAUGUUCUGAACCUCCAAUUCAGACCUUUGCACUGCAACGUUCGAAUGCUGAGGAGUAAAAGCGAAGUCCAGCUACAAGGUCAACAGACUAGAGAAGAUUGUCAUACCACAGUACCUGACUAUGACUUUCCACAAAAUAAUUCUUAAACUCAAAAUAUAAAAUUAGCCUAGUUUGUUUGUUUAAUUAAGCACAUAUUUGAAUAAAUUGUGUAGACCUCAAAUGGUGUAUGUCAUUUAAAAUAAAUAAAAGUUGGGUAUUUUCAUUUUGCAUAUCUAAAAUGUCAAGGUUUACCUACAAAUCCAACUCAGCGCAUGUUGAUUGGAAAAUCGGUGUGGCAUGGUCAACGGUCAAUUUUUCUGGUGCUGGAUGAAAAGUGGCGGGGCAAAUAAGGUCUCCUUGGCCAGUGGUCAAAAAUACAAUCUAAAGGAAACGUGCGAUGAAAUCAACAAAUAUCGGUAGAGAGAGCUGCCUGUGCCGAUGGACACUGGGUUGGUCAUAUACAAGCAAGAUGGUCAGAAUAAUCACAGAGUAUCCCUUUACAUAAGGAUAAAAUUCCUAGUUUGGCAUUUUCGAUUUGGAUCUCUGAUACAAUAAAAAAACACAUUCUAAUCAUUCUCAUUGAGGGCAUCAUUGCAUUCAAAUAUGAUUGAGUGUAUGUAUUUCUGUCGUGAAUUCAAGUUGUCUAGAUUAGACUGUCCACUAUUUUGUAUCCUCCAAACAUUAAAAUAUCAUCUUGGGG